CUGGGGACAGGAGAUAAGUGAGGCUCCUUGGAACUUGCGUGCAAGUCAUUCCACGGAGGGGCGGGCUCCAGCCUGAUGGGUCUCCAUUAGGAAAAGCCAGGCUGAUGGGGGAGGGGAGAGCCCUCUGCAUCCUCAUCACAUCCUGUCUCUUCGCCAGCCCCCACCCAAGGCUUCCUUCCUGGGCUCCCGAGCUCAGGACAGGCCAAGGAACCAUGUCUGCAUCCCUGUCUGCCCUCUUCUGUCUUGGGCUGUGUCUGGGGCAGGUGACACACGCUCAGACAGGCGCCCUGCCCAAGCCCUCCCUCCAGGCCCUGCCCAGCUCCCUGGUGCCCCUGGGCAAGUCGGUGACGGUCCGCUGCCAGGGGCCACCGGACGUGGACUUGUACCGCCUGGAGGAACUGCGGUCCGGAAAGUACUUUGACCAGGCGGUCCUCUCCAUCCCGGUCAUGGAACAAAGAUUCGCCGGCCGCUACCGCUGCUCCUACCAGAACGGGACCCUCUGGUCUCCAGCCAGCAACACGCUGGAGCUGGUCGCUACCGGAGUUUUCAACAAGCCCUCACUCUCCGCCCAGCCCAGCACGGCGGUAUCCCCGGGCGAGGACGUGACGCUGCGGUGUCAGAGCCAGUACGGUUUUGACCAGUUUGCUCUCUACAAGGAGGGGGACAGCGGGCCCUCCAAGACCCCCGAGCGGUGGUACCGGGCUGAUUUUCCCAUCACCACGGUGACCGCCGCGCACAGCGGGACCUACCGAUGCUACAGCUUUUCCAGCGGAUUGCCCUACCUGUGGUCGGCCCCCAGCGACCCCCUGGAGCUCGUGGUCACAGGGACCUCUGUGACCACCACCCGGUUGCCCCCAGAACCACCUUCCACCGUGAAAGAAUUCUCAGAAUUCGGGGGGAGAUGGAACCACUUGCUGGUGAACAAAGGCUCCUCCACUGAACCUCCCAGGAAUGUCACUGUCCUUCCAAAGGAGUCAGACCCUCCACCUGGUCUUGCCCUCCAGUCCUACACUGAGGGGAAUCUGGUCCGGAUAUGUCUUGGGGCCGUGAUUCUAAUACUCCUGGUGGGGCUUCUGGCAGAAGCUUGGCACAGCCGAAAGAAACCCCUGGUGCACCGGGUCAGAGCUGUCCACAGGCCACUUCCACCCCUUCCCAGACACAGAAGUCAUAGUUGUCAGGACAGGGGUCUGCCCAGUGGUACCCACUGUUAGAAUCCCAAGGCUUGAUUGUAUCUAAGAGAUAGGUUGUGGGAGUGGGGAGGGGGCUGAGAGUAUGUGGAGUGUCAGAGCAAAAGGACAGAGGCCACAGCCGUGGAGGAGGAGGCCCCGGGGGUCCUUCUCGGUGCCCCAUCAAGGAGUGGCUGAGUCAGCGUCUAUCAGACUCACUGGUCUGGGACGCUCUUUGUUUGGGCUGAAGGAUCAAGUGGAUGCCCCAGUCUCCUUACUGAUAUCUUGCUGAGGGUGGACCUUGUGGCCCCUUAACUGGACCAUCAUACUUAUCUCUUUCUUUAACCUUCUCUAAUGUGGGUCCCAGAUUGACUGCUCAUAUUCCCAACUCUCACAGGUGACCUGUUCUAUCCUCUGCACUAAACUCUUCCAUGUCCCCCCACCCCAUUCCCCCCCUGUGCUUUUUUCUGGUUAUCCCCAAACCUAACACUCACUCUAACCCUAUCUUAAACUACAGUCUGAAAACACUCCUCCUGUUUCUUGGGAUGCUCCAGGUUCUUUCAGGUUUUGGGGCAUUUUAUUCUUUCCCCCUAGAAUAUAAUAAUUAUAAUUAAUAUGUUAGUGGUUUCCCUUUAUAUUAGAAAAAAAAUCCAAAGGCCUAAGCUUGUUCUAAAGGCCAAAGUAGGUAAAUCCUUAGAGCCAGAAAGCAGACGGGUGGUUGGCAUGGAUUGAGGGGAGGAAGGAAUAGGAAGCGAUUGCUUAAUCAGUGUGUUUAAAAAAGCUUUGCUUUGAUGAAACUUUUGGAGUUGGAUAGAGGUGGUGGUUUCCAAGGUGAUUAUACUAAAUGCCAUUGGAUUGUUUGUUUUUAAAAUGGUUCAUUUCGUGUUAUACCUCAAUAAAAAAGAAAAAAACUACCCCACCCUGUGAUACCGUCCAUCUCUGUGUGGGGUCACUUGUCCUAGGGAGUGGUGUGAGGUACAUGAGAACUGCUUUCCCUUCCCGGUUGCUAGGCUUCAGCACCCUGUUGAGGGCUGUCCCCACCUGCUAAGUUGAAGCCUUUCUUUUGCAGACACUCACAGUAUUUAGAUAAAAUCCAGCCUGGUUCUUCCAUGAGUAUGGCUCUUGUACAUAUUUAAGGUUCAAAUUCCUAUUCCGUAUGAACCUCAGACCCUGACCUGGAGGGGAACUUUCCCCCAGGGACACUGGACAUGAUGAUAUUCUGGGCUUGGCCAUGGGAUCUUCUAGAAAAGCAGAGAUAGUAUGUCUUCAAUAGGUUAAAACAGUGUUUCUAGUUUUCACUACCUGAUGCUGGGGGAGAGGGAUCCUACUCCAGUCUUAAAACCUUGGAGUUCCCAUUGUGGCUCAGUGGAAACAAACCUGACUAG